UUACACGAGUUCCACGGGAUAGAGGACAUUUCACAACAUCGGCACAAUGGCAAAGACCUUUAAAACACGCACAUCAAUAAAUGAUGUAACAGAAGAAGCGCUAUCGAAAACAAUGUCGGCGCAUACACAGGGAAAAUUAUUUGGGGAUGUGACCUCUCGGCCUUCUAUCAAAAGUUAUAAAACUGCAGAACGAGGAGCUGCCAAACCUGCCUCUGAAACUGACAGAGGGUUAACAUUAGCUCCCAGUGCCGCAUUUUUCGGGGAGAUGUGUUUCUCUGAUACGUUUCCGACUGAAACAAACGCCAGUUCUUUUUCCCUGUGUGAAGAAUCGAAUCUCCCACCGAAUGUGAAUGAAGAAAAGUCAAAAUUGAAAUCGGGGAACUUGAACGAGUGGGAAACUAAUUCAGAAAUGGUUAAUACGAGAUCAAACACCUAUGAUUGGGAUAAUAAAUCAUGUGAACAGUUAAACACUCAGACUCGGCAUUCCCAAACCAGCAACGAGGAAGAAAGCAAGCAAGGUUCUGUUGAAAAGGUGCAAGAAGCACAAAUACAGCAUAGCGAUAAUAUUCCAAAUGACCCAAAACAGGUGGUUCCACCCAGUAACCCAACCAGCAGAGAGACGGUGGGAAGAGAAAAGACAAAGCCACAAGGAGAGGCAAACAGUUCUGGCUCAGGUUCCGUUGAACAGCCACAAGCGUCACUAGUACGGUCUAGAAAUAAAAAGCAGACUGGCCCAAUAAAGAAGGUGGUUCCACCCAGUAACCCAACCAGCAGAGAGACGGUGGGAAGAGGAAUCUAUUGGCUACUCCUUUUAGUUCUAGUAGUGGCACUGCUUGUAGUGGCUGCAUUUCUGCAUGUCUACAAGCCCAGGCCCCCGGCCACAGAUGAAAAUCCAGUCCUCCAGGCCUUUCAAACGAAGUUUAAGGAAUUGAAAUCCCGCUUUCCCAGCCAAAGAGAAGAAUUGUGGAAGAGAAGCAAGAUCCUCCUUGAGAAGCACCUCUUAUCAGCUCAACCCUCGGAGCCGGCCAGCAUGAUACUGACCUCCGGGCAGAAUGCUCACAAGACGCUGCACUGUCUCGCAAGCCAGCUCGCCGGGGUUUAUUCCUCCGCUUUGAAUGCCAGCACUGUCCAGAUGGACGGGUCUGGCCUGGCCUCUUUGGACAGCGACAAGGUCAAGCUACUGUUGGAUGAAGAGUUGAAAAGCAGCUUUGAAGGUAAUAAGCGGACGGCAGUCAUCCACCAAUUGGAAGAGCUUCCCCCAGGCGCAACCCUCAUCUUUUACAAAUACUGUGACCAUGAGAAUGCAGCCUAUAAGGCAGUGUCGCUCAUCUUCACUGUCCUUCUCGAAGAGGAGGAGCUGACCCCCGGGCUGAAUCUGGGCACAGUGGAGGAGAAGGUGCGGGAUUACAUUCAGAAGAGGUUUAUCAAUUCAGAGCAGCCUGAUACGUUCAACAAGAUGGAUGCUGACAAGCUAGGGGGCCUUUGGAGUCGCAUCUCCCACUUAAUUCUGCCUGUUACUUUCGAGAAGGACUUUGAAGACCAUGGGUGUGAUUCUGCUGACAGUAAAUAAGUACUUGUGUUCAUCCAUUGCUCUUUACUUCCAAGUUUUGAUACCAGGAUUGUAUGUGUGUGUGUGUGUGUGUGUGUGUGUGUGUGUGUGU